AUGCCGGCGGCGGCCGGGGGGCUGCUGUGGUGGAGCUGCUGCGUGCUGGCGGCGGCGGCCGGGGCCCCGCGGGCCGCCGCGGCGGCGCAGGCAGUGUGUGCUGGCACUGAGAACAAGCUGAGCUCCCUGUCUGACCUGGAGCAGCAGUACCGGGCCCUGCGCAAGUACUAUGAGAACUGUGAGGUGGUGAUGGGCAACCUGGAGAUCACCAGCAUCGAGCACAACAGAGACCUCUCCUUCCUGAGGUCUAUCCGAGAAGUCACGGGCUAUGUGUUGGUGGCUUUGAACCAGUUUGAGUACCUGCCCCUGGAGAACCUGCGCAUCGUUCGUGGGACCAAGCUCUACGAGGAGCGAUACGCUCUGGCCAUAUUCCUUAACUACAGGAAGGAUGGCAACUUCGGACUCAGGGAACUUGGCUUGAGGAACCUGACAGAGAUACUGAAUGGAGGGGUCUAUGUUGGCCAGAACAAAUUUCUCUGCUUUGCAGACACCAUUCAUUGGCAAGACAUCGUGCGUAACCCCUGGGCCUCCAACUUCACUCUGGUUCCAACGAACGGCAGCUCAGGAUGUGGUCGUUGCCACAAGUCCUGCACAGGACGGUGCUGGGGACCAACAGAGAAUCACUGCCAGACCUUGACCAAGACCGUGUGUGCGGAGCAGUGUGACGGCCGCUGCUACGGGCCCUACGUCAGCGACUGCUGCCACCGCGAGUGCGCCGGGGGCUGCUACGGACCCAAGGACACCGACUGCUUUGCCUGUAUGAAUUUCAAUGACAGUGGUGCUUGUGUCACACAGUGCCCCCAAACCUUUGUGUACAACCCCACCACCUUCCAGCUGGAGCACAAUCACAACGCCAAGUACACCUACGGGGCUUUCUGCGUCAAGAAGUGCCCGCACAACUUUGUGGUAGAUUCCAGCUCUUGUGUCCGGGCAUGUCCGAGCUCCAAGAUGGAGGUUGAAGAAAAUGGUAUUAAGAUGUGCAAGCCCUGCACUGACAUUUGUCCUAAAGCAUGUGAUGGCAUUGGGACAGGGAGUUUGGUGUCAGCUCAGACAGUGGAUUCCAGCAACAUUGACAAGUUUGUAAACUGUACCAAGAUCAAUGGCAACCUUAUCUUCCUUGUCACUGGGAUUCAUGGAGACCCGUAUCACACGAUCGCUGCCAUCAAUCCAGAGAAAUUAAAUAUCUUCCAAACAGUGAGAGAGAUAACAGGGUAUUUGAACAUACAGUCAUGGCCUGAGAAUAUGACAGACUUCAGGGUGUUUUCUAACUUGGUUACCAUCGGUGGGAGAGCUCUCUAUAGUGGCCUUUCCUUGCUCAUCCUAAAGCAACAAGGCAUCACCUCCCUGCAGUUCCAGUCCUUGAAGCAAAUCAGUGCUGGCAACAUCUACAUCACAGACAACAGCAAUUUGUGCUACUACCACACUGUCAACUGGACCAGCCUGUUCAGCACCCCCAGCCAAAAGACAGUGAUCCACAGGAACAAAAGGGCCGAGAACUGCACUGCUGAUGGGAUGGUGUGCAAUGAGCUGUGCUCCAGUGACGGCUGCUGGGGGCCAGGGCCAGACCAGUGCCUGUCCUGCAAGCGCUUCAUCCGGGGCAGGACCUGCAUAGACUCCUGCAACCUCUACGACGGGGAAUUCCGAGAGUUUGCAAACGGCUCUGUGUGUGUGGAGUGUGAUCCCCAGUGUGAGAAGAUGGAGGAAAACAUGAUCACCUGCUACGGGCCGGGACCUGACCACUGCACAAAGUGUUUCCAUUUUAAGGAUGGUCCAAAUUGUGUGGAAAAAUGUCCUGAUGGCUUGCAGGGGGCCAACAGCUUCAUUUUCAAGUACGCCGAUGAGGAUCGGGAGUGCCAUCCGUGUCAUCCGAACUGCACCCAGGGGUGUAGAGGCCCAGCUAGUCAUGACUGCAUUUUCUAUCCAUGGACACGGCAGUCCGCUCUGCCACAGCACGCUAGAACCCCCCUGAUUGCUGCGGGAGUCAUCGGUGGCCUCUUCAUCAUCGUCAUCAUGGGCCUGACGUUCGCCGUGUACGUUCGGCGCAAAAGCAUCAAGAAGAAGAGAGCGCUGCGAAGGUUCCUGGAGACUGAGCUGGUGGAGCCCUUGACCCCGAGCGGCACGGCGCCCAACCAAGCCCAGCUCCGCAUCCUGAAGGAGACAGAGCUGAAGAGAGUCAAGGUCCUGGGCUCGGGAGCCUUUGGAACAGUGUACAAGGGGAUCUGGGUCCCUGAGGGAGAAACAGUAAAGAUUCCUGUGGCCAUUAAGAUCCUUAAUGAGACCACCGGUCCAAAAGCCAACGUGGAGUUUAUGGAUGAAGCUCUCAUCAUGGCCAGCAUGGACCACCCACACCUGGUGAGACUCCUGGGUGUCUGCUUGAGCCCCACCAUCCAGCUGGUCACUCAGCUGAUGCCUCAUGGCUGCCUCCUGGAUUAUGUCCAUGAACAUAAGGAUAAUAUUGGCUCCCAGCUCCUGCUGAACUGGUGUGUCCAAAUAGCAAAGGGAAUGAUGUACCUGGAAGAGAGGAGACUCGUGCACCGGGACUUGGCAGCCCGUAAUGUCCUGGUGAAAUCACCAAACCACGUGAAAAUCACCGACUUUGGCUUGGCCAGACUUCUGGAAGGGGAUGAAAAGGAGUACAAUGCUGAUGGGGGAAAGAUGCCCAUUAAGUGGAUGGCUCUGGAGUGCAUACACUACAGGAAAUUUACCCAUCAGAGUGAUGUGUGGAGCUAUGGAGUGACCAUCUGGGAGCUGAUGACCUUCGGUGGGAAGCCAUACGAUGGAAUCCCGACUCGAGAGAUCCCUGACCUCCUGGAGAAGGGAGAGCGCCUGCCCCAGCCCCCAAUCUGCACUAUUGAUGUUUAUAUGGUGAUGGUGAAGUGCUGGAUGAUUGAUGCUGACAGUCGGCCAAAAUUCAAGGAGCUGGCUGCUGAAUUCUCUAGAAUGGCUCGAGACCCUCAGAGAUACCUGGUAAUUCAGGGAGAUGAUCGUAUGAAGCUCCCAAGCCCAAAUGACAGCAAGUUCUUCCAAAAUCUUCUUGAUGAGGAAGACCUGGAAGAUAUGAUGGAUGCUGAAGAGUAUCUUGUUCCUCAAGCCUUCAACAUUCCUCCUCCCAUCUACACCUCCAGGACAAGAAUUGAUUCCAACAGGAGUGAAAUUGGACACAGCCCUCCUCCUGCCUACACCCCUAUGUCAGGAAACCAGUUUGUGUACCGGGAUGGCGGCUACGCUGCCGAGGUGCCGAUGCCAUACAGGGCUCCGGGCUGCAUCCUUCCAGAAGCCCCAGCUGCUCAAGGGGCCACAGCAGAGAUCUUUGAAGACACUUGCUGCAAUGGCACGAUGCAGAAACAGGUGGCAAGCCUGGCAAAAGAGGACAGCAGCACCCAGAGGUACAGCGCUGACCCCACCGUCUUCAUUCCCGAGCGGGUCGUGCGGGGAGAGCUGGAUGAGGAUGGGUACAUGACACCGAUGAGAGACAAACCUAAAACAGAUUACCUAAACCCAGUGGAAGAGAACCCAUUUGUUUCCCGACGAAAGAAUGGAGAUCUCCAAGCUGUGGACAACCCAGAGUACCACAGCGCUCCCAACGGGCAGCCCAAAGCCGAGGACGAGUACGUGAACGAGCCAUUGUACCUCAACACCUUCGCCAACACCCUGGAAAACGCCGAGUACCUGAAGAACAAUUUGCCAGAGAAAGCCAAGAAGGCCUUUGACAACCCAGACUACUGGAACCACAGCCUGCCCCCACGGAGCACCCUCCAGCACCCGGACUACCUGCAAGAGUACAGCACAAAAUACUUUUACAAACAGAAUGGACGGAUCCGGCCCAUAGUGGCAGAGAAUCCUGAAUACCUCUCCGAGUUCUCCCUGAAGCCUGGCACUGUGCUGCCCCCGCCGCCCUACAGACACCGGAAUACCGUGGUGUAGUGGCUGUGCUCUCACUGAAGUGGAAAGGCAACCCCUUCUAGCUGCCUCACUCGUACUCUCUCGCUCCCCCUUUCUCCCUGCCCUCGCCCGUCCUUCUUCCCUCCCUUCCCUCUCUUUCUCCCAUGAGCUUCCUCUUCCUGCCAGUUCACUCAUUUUUGAUAUUUCUAAGUGAAAGGAUGUCUUGGAGUUGGUUGCAGAUUGGGUUGGGAGCCUGGAAGGAAGGAAGGAAGGAAGGAAAGAGACUGAAAGAAGGAGUGUACAACCUGGCCUUUCCCACUUUCGGCAGACGCGGGGGUUGGAUGCCCAGAGAAGCCAGGUGGUACUAGGCAAGGCCAGUGGCAGUGCUGCUGUUGAGCUUGUUCUCAGUGAUUCAACUGUAGGGAAAGCCACAGAAAGGCUGAUUCUUUCAGCAGGAACUGAUGAGAGUCUGUACAGCAUUCCUGGAAAUCUCCAUGCAAUUUCCAUCAGGGUGAAAAAUGGACAAUUUUUAUAUCCUGUGUGAUAGCGUAGUAAUUGAGAUUGAGAAUCCAAUUUCUUUCUCUAACACUUUCUAUCCCAGCAACUGAAAAUGGCUAACAUAGCUUUUCAAAAACAUUCAGAUCUUCAUUGUGGCUUUCCAAGAAAUGAUGAUGUGACUCCCACAUACAGCUAAACCCCUCUUCUGAGCCACACCGUGAUUUUGUGCCAAUCCCCAGCCACAGAGACUCCUGCUCAGAACUGGUACUUGACAUGACCAUUUUUGUAUGUGUGCCAAAACAACAAUCACUUUAAACACACAAUAGCCUUCAGAAGAGAGUAACAAAACCACACCUUCAAUAUGUUCAUUUGAAGCUAAAAACCAGGCCAAGAAAUGGAGAUUUGUAUGCCAAAAGUUUUGCUUUCCUGUUUUAUACCUGCUGACUAUAAACACUUCAAAAGAUUGUCACUAAUUCUUCCCUCUUUUUCUUCUUCAUGGUCAUGAAGGGAGCUGGGGAUGCUGUCAGGCAACACUGAGGACAAGACAGAGAACUGAAGAGUUUGAUGUUCUGUGGGGUGGGGUGGGAAGGGUCCUUUAAACUGGAAGACAGACACUGGACUGGAGAAAACGCACAUAGUGGUUCACUGGAAAGUUAGUUUGCACUUAACCUCUGAUUUUAUUUGAACUGUUUUCUGGAUUUUGAAUGAAGCAAUAUGGAAGUGACCAGCAAAAUACAAAAUAAUAAUUUUAAAUUAAAAAAGAAAUAUAAAUUAUUUGUAAAGAAUGACUGUGGAAAUGCCAAAAUGAAGCAAAUCAAGUCUUUGGAACAAUGCCUGCCACUUCUGAGAGGCCGAUGCAGUGACUGCUUCAGAGAAUACAGUGACAGAGCAGCCAGCUCUUCCUGCUGCUCUACGAAGGACAGCAGAGCAAGCCCUGGAAAGGAUCAGGGGAGGCAAAUGUCCUCCUCUGGCUUGCAGCACAGUACAGAAUACCAUUUUUCUAAAAGGAGGAUUACUCUGGCACAGAAGACAGUGCAUAUGAGGUUUGAGAAGUCAAAAUGUGCAUGAUUUGCAGAGCUUUCUGUCAAAAAUGUAAAUAAGUAUGAGUCAGUCUCCUUGCACUUAGUUCUGCUUUUAUCAACCUCAGUUUUUAGGUAGACACCCCCUGACCUGCUCCUCUUUGGAAAUCUCUUUCAAAGCAGAGUUCUGGACGUUUUUAGUGAUCUGGGGCAGAUGGAGCUGGGAAAGGGCCGGAGACACCAAGGCUUGCUCCUGGCACACCAACACUGUGUGUGUAAGAGCAUUUGUGAGCCUACUUCCCACCAAACAUCUUAAGGAACUAUGAGGUACCUUUGGAGAUCUGCCUGUCUCUAUCCAUCACGGAUAUCCAUCCUGGUGGAUGGCAAUCUUGGGUGAUGCAACAGUAUUUCAGUUUAUGCACUUCAGCUCUGUUAGGGCUGAGAGCUUUGGGGUGACCUAACCUGGCAACAAAACCAGCAACAACCAGUGGUCUGGAAAUGGCAUCACCCUCCUCUAAAUUCCUGCCAUUCCAACAGCUUGCCACCUUUAAUCUUAGAGAAGCAGAGGAAGGGAGUAAGAAACAAGCAACAGCUACCUGAAGCUUAGUAGGUCAGCUUGACAAAGGUAUGAAAAGAUGUUGAACCUGGUUUGGUUGUUACCCUUGUAGAUGGAAAACAAACUGUGAUCACAAGGCUGGUUCAGGCAGUGAGCUGUUGGUGCACCAGAUGUGUCCAGGUGUGCAUCAAGUAUGUAGCUGAAAGUUCUGAAAGCAGCAACAACAGGUACAGAUCUUUGAGCUGGUAAAAGGAGACCUUGGGUCGAGUGGUACCAAGGUGGUUUGUGGUGAUACAGCCAAAUGGCCACUGCCAUGGGAUGGAUGGAUACCACCUGCACUGAGGGGCCUCUUCUGGUGCCUCUGGAAGCUCCUCACCAUCUGAGGGGACAGGGGCACACACUGGGCAGGGGCUGGGGCACAGAGGAUGGCAGGAGGCCCUGGGUGGCUGCUCCAGGGAAGGUUUGCCCACAGCAGCGCUCACAGGGUGUCACCUGAUGCACAGGCCAAGGUCUGCCGGGCUGGGACAGUGCUGCCAAGCUGCCUGGGGAC